CAGUUGAAGGUCCGCAGGAUGCUAAACAAGCCCCUGCCUCCCACCACACAGCCCAUGGCUGCCCAGGUCCUGGGCGAAUUCCUCGACACCAUCGACAGGGCCCUCUCCCACCUCCGCUACGCCGUCAGCUGCGACGCAGCACUGGCCGUGUGGGGGUUCUCGGAGCGCCUGCCCACACACGUGGGCAUCCUGUGCCCGGCCGACACCAGGAGCGUCAUCCACGGCUGGGCGAGGACGUCGGGGUGGCACCUGUUCGAGAGGCAACCGGACGUGAUGGGCGUGCCGACGCCGGGCGGCCAGGUCCGCAAGCUGCGGAUCCAGUACGUCGACGCCGACGUCUUUGACGCCCUCGGCCGCGUCGCUACUGCCGGCGAUGGCGAUGGCGACAGCACCGAGCAGCAGACGACGCUCGGCGACAUCACGCGGACCAUCUUCUGGCUGCUGCACCGCAUCGCCGACGACGGCUGCGGCGACGACGACGUGCACCCCAAGCCCGCCGCCCUGGCUGGGCUCGGCAGCAUAGAGCGGCUGGCGCCCGAGACGGCGCCCAACAUGGUUGCGGAGCGCUUCUGGAUCCCCUUCACGGCUGCGCACCCGGAGUCUCUGGCCCUGUUUGAACGCUGCAGCCAUGCGCCAUUGCCACCAUCUGAGAGCGGACCGGAAUGCCACGACUGGACCAGCAGCACGGUGCAUGAGGUGCAUUCCCGCCGUGGCUCAGACCUGUCGACCCGCCCGCACACGACCGACAGCAGCUGCCAGCGUAACAGCACUGCUGCCAGUACCAUCGACAGCACCCCGUCGCUCCGCCGCCAGGCUCUGUCUCUGAGGCUGUCGGCCGUCGGAUCGGCGGACCUUCGCUCCCUCUACAAGCAGCAGCAGCAGCAGCAAGAAGCAUCGUCCCAAGAUGGUGUUGCCACAAGACCCGCCAGGGACUAUCUCUGCGAGGUGCAAGAGCUGGACGGGGAGGAUAACAACGGCACGGGCACGACCGUGUACAAGAUCGGUGAGCCGCAGAUCCAGCCCACGAACUGGUUCCCCUGCCAGAUGUCCCACUACAACCAGUACAACCAGCCCUCUGACGAGUGAAUCUAACUUGGGAUAGUGGUGCACCUUGGACAUGAGCGCGGCGCCAAGAAGAGCCGCGACAGCAGCCUAUGGAGAGGCAGCGCCACGGCGUCGUUCAUUGUCUGGUUUUACCGGUGACUACAAUAGUCCUUGUCAAGGAAGGUAAGUCACAACCCCAUCCUCCCCAAGAUGUCUUGCGCUUUCCUUUGUUGGUAUCUAAGCUGUUGAAGUUUGCAGGGUUCUCGGCAG